AUUGACUUGGUAUCGUAUCGUAUCGAGUUCCGUAUCCCUAAUUGAAAUUGUUGAAAAAUAGUAAAUAAAGUUAUAAUGGCUGAAGAAAUCGAUGAUAGUGGUUUUUAUAGGCAGGAUUUCAGCACUGUGUCUGAUUGGGAGGUUUUUACUGCCCAACUUGGUGAAGUGUUUCAAAAACUUUCAAUAAGUGAUGUUGGCUGUCCUGACCAAGUCGAUACGGAUGUGUUCCGCUGCAAUUGGGAUAUUCGGACAGAAUUACUCUUACUGCAUAAAGCGAAAAUAUCAGUAAGUUUUUACGAAUCCUGCAAUUCAAAUUUAAAGAGAGAGGAUUCUUCAAAACUCUCCGUAAACAAGUAUAUAUGUGAAGACCUAAUGACGGUUAAAAAUACAUUCGGUCCCCCGUUAGUGUUGAAGAAUUUGAGCAGUGCUCAUACAAUUUCUUGUAUGUAUGGGUUGCGUCGAUUUGUGUUAAUUUCCCCACAUCAGUCCCACCAACAUUUAUCUAAUCCUUCGGACGUUUGCUUUUUUCUAAGCGCAUCAACGGUUGUGGCAGCUGAGUAUUGCCCAAUGGUCCCGAUUUUUGUGCAAAUCUAUGAUCAUAAAUGGAGUAUCUUCCUCGGAACAGCAAUGCAUUCCACACUACGAACAAGUUUUGAUUUAGUUGUGCUUAAACAAACUCCGAUUGAAUGCCGAUACUUAUCCGGUUUGAUGACAAUAUUUAAGGAGAAACUUCCGACAAAAUGUGUGCAACCGAUUACUGUCUCAGUGCGAAACACAUAUGCUCUCCAAAUUGAGCAAAUUCGAUUUCCUAUGAAAGUACCUUUUCUUAAACCCCUGUACGAAAAUGACAAAGAUAAAUCGAAUGACAUAGUUUUAUAUUCGAAUAAGUUUAUAGCGCUACCAUGUGGAUACUUCCCAGAUGCCGGUACAGAAAUAUACCUUGUAUACAAUUGGUUGGAGAUUUCGGAAAACGUUGCAAUAGAUUCGCCUCUGCAUUCUGAUUUUGUACCUUCUAAAUCAGCCAGUUGUAACAUGUACCAAAUAGCUCACGCAGUUUCGUAUUUGACGAGUUGUUUACGGGAUUUUUAUAAAUUGUGCUAUGAUAAAGAUACAUUGGAGUCUUUCGUAGGACGGAGCAUAACAGAAUAUUCUAAUGGUACAAAUAUGGCAAAAGCAUUACGGCACUUAACAGACCCACAAUUUCACCGAAGUAAUAGUUCUAACUUUUUUGAAAGUUCAAAUUUUCCGAAGCAUCCCAAAAAAAUUGCUGGUCCGCUGAACGAAAAUGAAUUAAAGGAGUUCCUAGUUUUCUUAUUUCCCGAUUUAUAUCCUGAUACUGCACAAUAUAAUUAUGCAAAUGACGAAAAAGAUAAAAAUAAUGAGUUUGACCCUCAUAGAAUAAAAUCAGCACCUUUAGAUUGUUUGUCUAGUCGUCUUAGUUGCCUACUAGCCACUUGUAAUGCACAUUACGGCGGUAAGGCCGGACUGGCUCAACUUUGGGCUUCAUUCACAAGGGAGCUUCAAUUUAUAUGGGAUGUGAGAUUAUCUAUACCAGGAGUUGUUAGCGGAUUUCCUAACACGCGCACUUGUUUACUAAAUCAAAAAUUGGAAAUGCUGAACUAUUGUAUUGAGCGUUCUAAGUUUCGAAAAUAUGACAAAGAACAGAGAGAACCGAAAAUAAUUGAUAACAGCUUCGAGGAAGCUUCCAGCGAAACUGGCGAUGAAGACGACGAUGAGUUCUAUGAAUGCACAGAAUAUGCUCCAGAAGGUCGUGGCAGAUGCUUAGGUGACCUCAAAUUAUUAGACUGUGAUGAGCCGUUGUACGUACCUAUUACACAAGAUCCUGUGCCUAAAACUGAAGAUGAAUUGCAAGCAGAUGCAGAAGCAAUGCUGAGACUAGGAUCUGGCUCAGGUUUGAACAUGGAGAUGUUCUCUUCUUUGCUUUCUGAUAUGGAAGCCUUUAAAGCAGCAAAUCCAAAAGGAAAAAUAGAGGAUUUUAUACGAUGGUACAGUCCCAAAGACUGGGAAGAAGAUGAACAAUCGACAAUAGGGAGGCUAAGCGUCCGCAUGCAAGUUCCGGGUAAUACUUGGCAGACGGUUUGGCAAAAAGCACAACCUGUGCCAGCUAGCAAACAGAAACGUUUAUUUGAUGAAACGACUGAGGCGAUGAAGGUUUUGACAUUUUUGGAAACUCGGAAUAUAAGUGAAAUUUAUGAGUUAACAAUAAUACCGCUACUACAUGCUGCUUUAAUAAAGUUCAAGGAUAUUUUGGAAACAGCAAACGUAUUAGAUAUUUUUGAAACUGGAAUUGAAGCAUUAUUUGCUGAAUUAUGCCAUUUAUCGCGUGAUGUUGAGAUAUUUGAUUCUGGUGUCGAGCAGAAAACACCCAAUCCGGAACAUCUAAUUGAAAACCUAGAAAAGUUGGAAACACAAUUCUAUCAAUAUAAAUGUUUUGAACAAUUGGCAGGCUAUCCAGCCUGCAUAUCAUUGGAAGAAGUAAAGCAAAAGUUCCGAGAAAUGAUUGAAAAUGAAAAUAGUUGCAGUAUAACCGGUUUAGACAGAAUUGCUAAACAUAAUUAUAGAUUCAACGAGGCUGAAACAGCUAAUCUUCAUUUGGUCAAUGAAUUGCGUAGCAAUUUGAUAAUUAAGGAGUAUGUUUUGCGAGUGCGUGGUGAUAUUGCUUUUGGGCCACAAUUUUUACGAGCAAUUGUGACGGGCGAAGAAGUACGUUUAUGUGGUGCAUUUACUGAAAAUACUACACUUCUUUGAAGCGAAACGUUUUAUCUGAUAAACGGUUUAGAUGGAAUAUAUGUAUAAUAUUUGUGUUGCUGAUUGUCUAAAUUGUAUCCAGCUAAAAAAACUUUCUGCACAUACGUAUACCUGUGUACAUAUGCAGCAUUUAUAUUUCUUCAUCCGCUAAAAUACCAUCACAACUGGAAGACCAGAACUGCCUCAACGUUUUCAACUAAAAUAUGCGUGGGAUAUUUGUCGAAAUUGCCGACUUCGAAACAUAUUUUUAUGUCCUAUUGCGUAUUUACAAAAAAUGUUUGAUUUUUAAUCCGAUAUUUCGGUCGUCUUCCUCAAGAAUGUAGAGAAUAUAUGCACGUGUAAGUAGUUAUACUUAUUUUUUUGGCUUUGUAUAAAGUCAUUAAAAAAUCAAGUAGCAUUGAGCAUUUGGUUUAAUGAAAAAUGCAUGCAAGGAACGACAAAGUGCCUAGCUUCAAAUAUUAACUUCAAAUAAAAAAAAAUUAUUUAACAAUAUUCUAAUCCUAAAGUUGAAUAAAUUUACUUACAUAGUGGUGGAUUCAGACAAAAUGUAGAAAAUAUAAAAAAUGUCUUAUGCGAGCGUUUAAAAAGUA